ACAAGAUUACCUUCCAGUAGAGAGAGGUACCUCUGAGAGAAGCAUAAUUGCUGUUACUUAAACUGAGAAACACUCAGUAUUUCCUCAUUCAUUAACCAGCAUGUUACUACUGGGUAACAGGAAGACCAAGCAAAGAAAUUUGACAGAGGUCAGACAGAAAACCAGAAACACUGUAUUGACAAUCAUUAACAUAGCAAAAGCCAGGCUGUUUGCACCAGCUCAGGUCACACUGCUUGACUUUCUUUAGCCAUGCACACCCUUAUCUGUGAGUUGCAUGAAUUCUCACUUGUGCUCAAGACACUGCACUACUCUGCAGAGCUUUAGCAAAGACUUGUCAGCACUGGAACGUCUCGGAUCUGUGCAAAGUGAGACCCAAACUACUCUCAAUGAGAGUGAAGGUAUGUGGAUCUCCAUUUCUUUUUCCCCGCGAGGAAGCACUAACUGUAGUUAUUAUCAGAAUUUCUAGAGUCUGCCACACCAGCCUGAGCUUCCCUUCAGCCAUCCCUGAGUGAAAGGAGAAGCGAGGAUACAAACCCCACUGACUUACACCACAGUGAACAGAGGUGGAGCAGUAUGUUGGUGAAAUCAAAGGUGGCCUGAGACCAACCAUGAAACUCACAGUCAUAGGCAUGGUACAUUCCAAACCCAAGAGCUUUUCAGUGACUCUGCUAUGUGAUCCAGUGGAUGCCAACAAAGAUGUUGGGCUGUUAUUUACAGUUAACUUCAGUGAGAAAUCCAUCACCCGAAAUGCACGAAUUGCUGGGAAAUGGGGAAGAGAAGAGAAGACUAUUCCCUACUUUCCAUUUACAGCAGGUGACACGUUCAAGAUGGAGCUCUUAUGUGAACACCAGCAAAUACGAGUCUUGCUUGAUGGACGGCAGCUCUGUGACUUCACUCACCGCAUUCAGCCUCUGAACUUGGUGAAAGCUUUGCGGAUCUCAGGGGACAUCAAGCUUACCAAAGUGGCUUGAGAAAAGGAGACCAGGAUAUCACCAGAGGACAGAGGAAAAUGUACUUUCUCUUGUCUCAGACAUGUUUUGUCUUUUUCCCCCGACUGAUUCUGGAGAGUGGGAACUGUAUCUUUUUAAUUCGCUGAUGUGUUUGAGAUGCACACUUUUUUUUCCCCCAUACACACUCACAGCAAUUGCAGAGCUAUGGCUGGUCUGGAUAAAUCUCAAAGCCUUUGCUGAGAAACACUUUUGGCUGAAACACUCCCAAACUGCAAGAUUUAUGAUGUUAUGCAGUAUCUCACAUCCUUCUGGCUCCUUACCCCCUCAGGCAUGCUCAGUCCUCUGUGGUGGGUGGCUGUUGGGUGGCUGUGACUAGAACUGGGCAUUAUGCAGGUGGUAAGUGUGAGAAAAGAGAAGCAGGAGAUUUUCUUAUAUAUGAAUUAGGGAGUCUGAUGGGCCCCAGCAAGGCUCAUGUUAGCAGGAGGAAAUUGCUUUUUCUGGAAGCUCUGCUCAGUCAGCACAAAACAAUCUGUGCCUCCCAGCAGAGAGCAAUAAAUGCCUUACCUGCCUUACCCUGUCUCUUCCAGGCAGCUUUUCCAGAAUUGAAAGGUUUUGACAGCCGUGGAUUUCACAGUCUUCUCUGGACCAACCCUAGGAAAUGGUAUCUGCAGCUGAAACUGCACUGCCCGUUCUUGUUCUUGCAUAUAAUUAAAACUGCACUUUUGCUGGCAAGCUUUUUUAUGAGCUCUCUUAAAUAUUUGAACACAUGUUGUGCUGUUAUUGUGCUCAUUGCUGUAGCUUUUGAGGAAAAUCCCAAAUACAUGGCUAUUCUAAUAAAUAAACAAGUAUGUAUCAUA